UCAAAUUAUGACGAAUUAUUUAAAGUAAUUGUCAUUGGAGACUCAAGUGUUGGAAAAACAAGUUUACUGAACAAGAUGGUUUCAGGAACAUUUACAGAUUCGUUCAUGCCAACUGUUGGAGUUGAUUUGAAAGUGAGGUUUUUAACAAUUGACGGUAAAAACAUUAAACUCCAAAUAUGGGAUACUGCCGGACAGGAAAGAUAUAGAAAUUUAACAAAAUCAUACUAUCGUGGAAGUGAUGGUAUUAUACUUGUUUAUGAUAUAACCCAAGAAAAAACAUUUAAUAACUUGAGUAUUUGGUUGAAUGAAGUUAAAAAGAACAUUUUGGGAGUAAAUAAUGGAGAUGCAUUACCUAUUGGAGCUGAUCUUAAUAUUUUCAUUAUUGGAAACAAGACUGACUUGGAAACUGCUAGAAAUGUAUCAACAGAUAAGGGCAAAAAGUUUGCAGAAUCACUCCAAAUUGAUGCCAUGUUUGAGGAAAUUUCUUGUAAAACAACUGAAUCCAUUGAGGAGACUGUAUUAUGUAGAUUGGCCAGAAGAAUUCUCGAAACUCGUCAACGAGAAAAGAAUGAAGAACGUUAA